AAAGGUUCAUUUAAUCUCAGCGGUCAUUGGCAGCAGUAGCACAUCCGGGUGAUUCCAGUGACCUUGGACUGCUCGUGAGAAUCAUGGCGGCUCUUGUAAGGAUAAGUUCUGUUUGCCACAGAGGUGUCAGCCCUUUUUUAUUUCGCUCUUCCUCCCUCAUCAGACCUUUGGCCGUGCAGAAGAAGGAUCGUGAUUGUCCUUAUCACUUGAUAUCAGCAAAGAUCCACGCAACUCCAUCCAACUAUGCAGGCUCUGUGUCCAAAGCGGCUUCUCUGCACUGGACGGGAGAGCGGAUCCUGAGCAUAGUUCUUCUGGGUUUGGCACCCAUGGCAUACUUUUACCCCGUCCCUGCUGUUGACUACACUUUAGCAGCUGCACUUACUCUGCAUGGUCACUGGGGUCUUGGCCAGGUUUUGACAGAUUAUGUUCACGGAGACUCUAAAAUCAAGAUGGCUAAUGCUGGCCUCUUCCUUCUGUCGAGCAUCACCUUCGCUGGCCUGUGCUACUUCAACUACCAUGACGUGGGGAUUUGUAAAGCUGUGGCCCUCUUGUGGAGUAAAUGACUUGACUGAGAUGGAGGAUGGGAUCCGCUCUUGGCAUCAGCGUUCCAGUUUAUCGUAUACAGUGACAUUAUUUGUAAAUUCUAUAAAUAUCUAAUUUUUGACAA